AUGCUCCUGAUGUUGAAAGGCGCAUUGGCCCCGACCAUCACUGUUGCCAUCUACCAAAGUGAUGCAAUCUCAGACAUUACCACGACAAUCGGCUACCUUUCAACCUUAAUAUCAAUCCUGUCACAGGGGCUCAUGCCUCGCUCCAAAUUCGCCAAAAUCAUGUUUUUUGAUUUAAUAUCGACAUGCGUCUCAGCCUCACUCUGUUGUCUUGCUGUAUUUUGUGCCGUAAAAGCGAGAGAACACAACACUGCCCCCGAUGCCAGAGAUGGGUAUAGCAGUGAUGCCUGCGCGGUAGCUGCUAUUUGGCUCAUUGUCAUGAUCUGGUGUGUCCAGGUCGCAAACGCCCUACGUGCGUGGAAACCCAUGGAGCUUCAGGAUCCAAUGGUCGCCUUUUCUAUUUUUGCUUCUGUCACAAUGACCCGUGCGGGAACUUUCACUACCCUUGCCGUAGGCUUGGAUUUUAUUGCUCGACUUCUGAAGGGGUUUAUGAUUGGAUUUGCAAUUGCAACUGGCGUCUCACUGCUAAUAUAUCCCAUCACCAGCAGAGGUGAUAUGUUCCAUGAUCUCAAGGGCUACGCAGCAACGGUUGAGGCAGUCCUUCAGGCUCAGAUAUCAUUUAUUGAAGGUAGCUCAGAGACUCGUCUAUUUAAAAAGCCAGGUCUCCUUCGACGGGCACGGACCUACCGAAGUACACAGGAUGGACAGGACGACGAUGAGGAGGAUCUACAAAUCAAAGAGAAGAAACUGCAAGGGGCGAUGGCCAAACUCAACGGCCAACACAACAAAAUGCACGCCGAUCUUUUCUAUUCCAAGAAUGAAGUUGCCUGGGGUAAGUUGUCCGCGGACGAUCUCAGCACUAUUGCACAUCUCUUCCGCAAUCUUCUUCUGCCCUUGUCUGGAAUGUCGAUGCUGCCCGAGAUCUUGGAGUCGAUAGUCAAGAAUGAGAAGCGGGACGAGGAAGCCGACGAUCUCGUGGAGGUGGAUGAAGGGGGAUUGAAACAAUCUGAAAUCCACAAGGUUGUGGAAACUCUCCAAGAACGAAUCGUUGAUUCUUCGGAGCUUGUCCAGCAUGGUCUCCACUAUUUCCUGUUAGCGUUGGAGCUUGUCAAGCCUAAGCAUUUGGACAAGCAAAACAACCCGCAUGAUGAGGAAGCAAGGGGUCGAACUUUGUCGCCGCUGCAGCCUGAUUUUCCUGCGCGAUUUGAACAGGAGCUCCACAGCUAUUACUUACGUCGGAAGCAUCUACCUCAGGCCCUGGCAUCACUUGAGGCAUUUUCAGCAGCCGAGAAACAUGCUGCCGACGCUUCUACUGAGUCAGAGCUGCCCUACAUCGCCUCUGAUCCAGAUGUACGUCAGGAAUUCUUCAUGAUUUUGUACAUGGGGCAUUUGCAAGAUGACAUGUUGAACGCUACACUCCAGUUGGUGCAAUUUGCCACCAGCAAGCAUACCGAUGGAACUAUGAAGCACAACCGACUCAUAUUCCCCAAACAAAAGUCCAUCCGGGCAUGGCUCUCCCUGAGUUCCGACAAGAAAGAGUCCGAGACACCAGCAGCUAGCAGACAAUCGUCAAAUGCUAAUCCAUCAACUAUCCAUCGCACCCAGCCUACAAGGUUACCAGACCCCGAACAUCUGCCGCCCGAGAAUAUUUGGGAAAAAGGAAGUAUGAUAUUACGUACCAUCUCCCACCUUUUCAAGUCCGAUCAAAGCGCGUUUGGGUGCCGCGUUGCUGCGGCUUCAUUUUCUGUCGGUAUUCUUGCCUUCUUGCACCAGACUCAGGAUUUCUUUACUAGGCAAAGAUGCAUCUGGGCAAUGAUUGUUAUUGUUAUUGGAAUGAACCCAACAAGUGGACAAACUAUGUUUGGGUUUGUUGCCCGUAUUGCUGCAACGACAAUCUCCCUUGUUCUAAGUCUGAUUGUUUGGUAUAUUGUUGAUGGCAAGACGGCCGGUGUGAUCGUCUUCCUCUACCUUGCAAACGUAUUUGGGUAUUACUUUUACAUCAAAGUACCCCAAUACUUCGGAGCAUGCGUCAUCUCUAUCGUCACCUUGAAUGUGAUCAUUGGCUACGAGCUCCAGGUCCGAAAACUCGGCUUCCCAGAAGCAACGUCAAAUGGCCAACCCUACUAUCCCAUCUACCUCUUCGGCCCAUACAAACUCGCAGCCGUAGCAGCCGGCUGCGCAAUAUCCUUCUUCUGGGUAAUUUUCCCAUACCCAAUAACCGCAAAAUCAAAAUUACGCCAACUCCUCGGCCGAAGCCUCUUUGUCCUAGCAAACUUCUACAGUUGCAUGCACUCCACCAUUCAACUAUGGCUCAGCAACGAACUAGGAUCAAUCCAAGAUAAAUCCUCACCGGCACACAACCUCCAAUCAUCCCGCCACAAACUCUUCAAGGAAGAAAUGAUGCUCCUUACUGGCCUCCGUACUCACAGCCAUUUCAGUACCUUCGAGCCGCCCAUCGGUGGAAAGUUUCCCAAAGAGACUUAUGACAAUAUAAUCGCUGAGAUCCAGCGGAUCUUGACAAGUAUGUCGCUCAUGGCGCAUACGACACAGAGUUUAGAGACGCUGAUUGUUGAUUCCGAUGAUUCAAAUCCCGGACAGGAUGACGAUGAUCGGUGGAUGGAUCGGUUGGCUGAAAUAGCGUUGAAAUCGGAUGAUUUCAAUUCACAUCGUAUCGCUUCCUUGCUGUGCCAUCUGUCUGCGGCUAUUUCAAAUGGUCAACCGCUGCCGCCUUAUUUGUCCACACCGGACUCUUUCCCUCUUGCUCGUCGGAUGCAGAGGAUUGAUGGGGAGUUGCUUAGUAUUCGGCACAUUGAGGAUCCGGCUUUUUCGGCAUUUGUUUCUCUUGAAGUUCUGAGGUCGGUUGUUAGUUUCAGUUUGAAGGAUUUGAUUGGGAAUGUCAAGAAAUUGGUCGGAGAGAUUAACUUUGACUUUUAUGAGAGGCAGACAGACAGCCAAGAGGAUCAGCAGUAG